CUUAUAAAAGCCUGAUGUAAUCCUUAAUGCAGCCCCUGGCUACAAAGACUGGAUCUAGUUUCACAGAGAGAGAUUCAGAAGCAGAAUUUAAAAAAAAAAAAAAAAAAAAAAAGUGGGGGGAGAAGAGAGAGAAAGAAAGAAAAGCAGACGAGUGGAUUUUAAACAAACAUAUCUUUCUGAAGAAGACCAUUCUCGCUCUUCGCUGCUGGGAAAGCUACUCUGAACCCUGCUGUAUAUUUUUUUAAAAGGAGAAGACUUGAUUGUCUGCUUGGAUCUAAUGAUUUACUGGCUUUUAAUUGCGUUUUUCCCCUCUCCUAAGGAUUCCUCAAAAAACGGCUUAAUUAUUUUCAGCUUUUCUCUUCCACCUGCCUCUCUGCAGAGACACCAAAGGUUCUCCCUUCUUCUCCCUCCCCAUCUCCAUUUCUUUUAGGAAUUGUUUUUCCCCUUUCCUGUUUAAUAUAUACAUAUAUAUAUAUAUAAGUGUGUAUGUAUAUAUAUAUGUAGAGGCAAGAGUGGAGGGAGCGGAGGGAGAGAGAGCUCUGCCAUCCUUUUGGACUUCACGCGCUGCCCAAUGUUGGGCUGGUUACCCCUGGAUAUGUUGCUGGUUUCCAUUUGGAAUUUGACAAAGGGAAGAAGGAGGAUAUAAAACCCGGGGAGCUCUGCAAGGUGUUGUUUAUGGCCACAGGAGGGAGCUCAAAUCCAGACAUGGGAGGAUUGGCUUGAUUUCGGAUCCAGAGCCUCUUAAACUCUCGCUUUUCCUCUAAGCUGGUCCCUGUUAUGUCCAGGAUCUGGCGCCUGCUUGACAUUUACUUUGAGUUCCAGAGGACCAGAGACCUAGGAUGAGGAGCAUUGGAUCUGCCCUGAACCUGCUUUUGGUAUCGCCACUCUACUUUGUGUGGACCGUGGUCGCUCUGGACCUGGCACAAACUCCCUGCACCACUUUGGUCCAGGGGAAAUUCUUUGGGUAUUUCUCCUCCUUUGCCGUCUUCCCGUUGAACUCCUCUCUCUGCUCUUGGAUUAUCCAGAACCCCGACCCUCGGAGGUACACUUUGUACAUGAAGAUCCUAAAACCUACCGGCGUAUGUGACCACCAGCACAUCCGCACCUACCAGUUCGACUCCUUCCUGGAGUCCACCCGCACCUACCUGGGCAUGGAGAGUUUCGACGAUGUGUUGAAGCUCUGCGAUGGGUCCACUCGCUAUGCCUUCCUCCAGUCCAACAAGCAGUUCCUCCAGAUGAAGCAGACCGCGCCACCAGGCGUGGAGAGCUGGCCCGUGCGGUGGAAACCCACAAAGGCUCAGGAGAGGGACUUCUCGGUGGAGUACCUCGUGGUGGGCAACAGGAACCCUAGCAAAGCCGCUUGCCAGAUGCUCUGCAAGUGGCUGGACGCGUGCUUGGCCAUCAGCAGCAGCUCCCACCCAUGCGGCAUUAUGCAGACCCCGUGCUCUUGCUCAGGAGGGGAGGUCCUAGAUCAGGCCAGCGAGAUCCUGGGGCUCACGAGGAAGAAGGAAGAUUGCUAUAAAGAUGGAAUUUACUUGGAGAACUGCAUGAGCAGCCCCAAGGACAGCAGCGGAGUGGAGUUCCUGGGUGGUUGGAACUCAUGGUCGGCUUGGGGUGACUGCACCAAGGACUGCGGGGGAGGUCUGCAGACCCGCAUGCGCACCUGCAAGCCCCUUCCCAACGAAGGUCUUGUCUGCGAGGGAGUCCUGGAGGAAGGACGGCUGUGCAAUAGGAAGGCGUGCAAUACCAAUGGACGCUAUAAUUCCAGAAGCCAAUCGCUGAGGUCCACAGAUAACAGAAAGCGAGAGGACACUGACGAACUGCAGCACUACGGGUACCCUGCACCUCAAAUAGGUGACCCUGCGGCAGAAGAGUGGUCCCCGUGGAGUGUGUGUUCGACCACCUGCGGGGAGGGCUGGCAGACCAGGACGAGGUUCUGCGUGUCGUCUUCCUACAGCACUCAGUGCAGCGGUCCCCUCCGGGAGCAGAGACAGUGCAACAACUCUGCUGUGUGCCCAGUGCAUGGCACCUGGGAUGAGUGGUCUCCAUGGAGUUUGUGCUCUUCUACAUGUGGGAGAGGGUACAGGGAUCGGACCCGCACAUGCAAGCCUCCACAAUUUGGUGGGAACCCCUGCGAGGGCCCGGAGAAGCAAACAAAGUUCUGCAACAUUGCACUUUGCCCAGUGGACGGCAACUGGAAUGAGUGGUCGAGCUGGAGCUCCUGCUCUGCCUCCUGCUCCAACGGCACCCAGCAGCGGACGAGGGAGUGCAAUGGACCCUCCUACGGGGGAGCCGAAUGCCAGGGACACUGGGUGGAGACCAGGGACUGCUUCCUACGCCAAUGUCCAGUGGAUGGGAAGUGGCAAGCCUGGGGAGUAUGGGGCAGCUGCACCGCCACAUGUGGAGGUGGGACCCAGAGACGUGACCGUGUGUGCUACGGGCCCUUCUUCGGUGGAGAGACUUGCCAGGGUCCCAAGGAAGAGUAUAAGCAAUGCAAUGACAGAAAGUGUCCUGAGCCCCACGAAAUCUGUGAUGAGGAAAGUCUUGCCUCUGUGGUUUGGAAAGAGACACCCGCCGGGGAUGCUGCAGCUGUCCGGUGUCCUCGCAAUGCCACUGGGCUGAUCCUUCGAAGAUGCAUUUUAGAUGAAGAAGGGAUAGCUUAUUGGGAGCCUCCAACAUACAUCAAGUGUGUUUCUAUUGAUUACAGGAACAUACAGAUGAUGACCAGGGAACAUCUUUCCAAAGCUCAGCGUGGGUUGAUGGGAGAUGGGCUGUCAGAAGUGCUCCAAAACCUUGUGGAAAUCUCGCAGGAUGGGACCAGCUACAGUGGGGACUUGUUGUCCACCAUCGACGUACUCAGGAACAUCACAGAGAUCUUCCGUAGGGCUUAUCAUAGCCCAACUUCUGGGGAUGUGCAGAACUUUGUCCAGAUCAUCAGCAAUCUUUUAUCUGAGGAAAACCGGGAAAAAUGGGAGGAAGCUCAGCUGAUAGGGCCAAACGCCAAGGAGUUGUUCAGGCUUGUGGAGGAUUUCAUUGAUGUCAUCGGCUUUCGCAUGAAAGAUUUCCGGGAUUCCUACCAAGUGACGGACAAUCUGGUACUCGGUAUUCACAAACUGCCUGCUAAUGCAGCGACCGACAUCACCUUCCCUAUGAAAGGCUGGAGGGGCAUGGUGGACUGGGCCAAGAACUCGGAGGACAAGGUCACUGUCUCCAAGAGCAUCCUGUCUUCAGGGUUAUCAGAGACGGACGACUCCUCUGUUUUUGUGGUGGGGACCGUGCUGUACCGGAACGUGGGCAACAUCCUCUCCCUCCAGAGGAAUAGCACUGUUCUGAACUCCAAAGUCAUCUCUGUGACUGUGAAGCCAUUUCCCCGGUCUCUUCUCACCCCCUUGGAAAUUGAAUUCUCCCACCUGUACAACGGAACCACCAACCAGACCUGCAUCCUGUGGGACGAAAACGAUGGCAGAGCCUCCGCCUCCGCCUCCCCGCCCGGCGCCUGGUCCUGGCGCGGCUGCCGAACGGUCCCGCUCGACGCCUCCCGGACUAAGUGCCUGUGUGACCGGCUCUCCGCCUUCGCCAUCUUAGCCCAGCUCAGCCCCGACAUGAACAUGGAAAAGGUGCUGGUGCCUUCUGUCACAUUAAUUGUAGGCUGUGGAGUAUCUUCGCUGACACUUUUGCUGUUGAUUAUCAUUUAUGUCUCUGUUUGGAGGUAUAUUCGCUCAGAACGCUCUGUCAUUCUUAUCAACUUCUGCCUAUCCAUCAUCUCCUCCAACGCUCUCAUCCUGAUCGGACAGACCCAGACCCGGAAUAAGGUGAUAUGCACGCUGGUGGCGGCUUUCUUGCACUUCUUCUUCCUCUCCUCUUUCUGCUGGGUGCUGACCGAGGCUUGGCAAUCCUACAUGGCCGUGACGGGCCGAUUACGGAACCGCAUCAUCCGCAAGCGCUUCUUGUGUCUCGGAUGGGGGCUCCCUGCCUUGGUGGUUGCCAUUUCUGUGGGAUUCACUAAAGCCAAGGGGUACGGCACCGUGAACUACUGCUGGCUGUCGUUAGAGGGAGGUCUUCUCUAUGCCUUCGUGGGACCGGCAGCUGCUGUCGUUUUGGUGAACAUGGUUAUUGGCAUUCUGGUUUUUAACAAACUUGUAUCCAAAGAUGGAAUAACAGAUAAGAAACUGAAGGAACGGGCAGGUCAGAUGGCAGUGCCCCUUUACGGCAUGACGCUCAAAUGUUCCAAGUGUGGAGUAGUUUCUUCUGCUGAAGUUUCGGCCACAGCCACCAGUAACGCCAUGGCAUCCCUUUGGAGCUCCUGUGUGGUCCUACCUCUCCUGGCUCUCACUUGGAUGUCUGCAGUUCUGGCAAUCACAGAUCGGCGGUCAGCACUCUUCCAGAUCCUUUUUGCUGUCUUUGACUCGUUGGAGGGCUUUGUCAUCGUUAUGGUCCAUUGCAUCCUAAGGCGGGAGGUCCAGGAUGCUGUGAAGUGCCGAGUAGUAGAUCGUCAGGAAGAGGGCAACGGAGACUCAGGGGGGUCAUUUCAGAACGGACACGCUCAGCUAAUGACCGAUUUUGAGAAGGAUGUGGAUAUGGCUUGUAGAUCAGGUGAGCACAUCACAGUGCUGAAUAAAGACAUCACCGCCUGCAGGACCUCAACCAUCACAGGAACACUGAAGCGUCCAUCACUGCCAGAUGAAGAGAAAUUGAAACUCAAUCACCAGAAGGGGUCAUCAAACUUUAACAGUCUUCCAGCCAAUGUCUCCAAGAUGCAUCUUCAGGGCUCACCACACUACCUGGGGGCCAUCAACCUGAAUGAGUUCAGCAAUCACACUCUCACUCUGAAGAAAGACAAGAACCAGCCGCCUAAGUCCAUCUACAUCUGUGAUGGGGACAUCUUCAAGAAGUUGGACUCAGAACUUUCCCGGGCACAAGAGCAAACACUGGACACCAGCUAUGUCAUUCUGCCUACCAACACGUCUACUUUACGGGCCAAACCGCCCAAAGACGAGAGCAAAUACAGUAUCAAUAUUGACCAGAUGCCCCAGACACGGCUCAUCCACCUCAGUAUGGCUACUGAUCCAGGCUUUGUUGUCAAGAGUCCUCCACGGGAGCCUGUAACCAUGACAUGCAGUGAGGUCCAAGGUUCCCCCAUGAUACAACAACAGCAGCAGCUGGCUCCACAAAAUAUCUCCAACGAGUCACAGAUUCCCAACAGCCUGUGUGACACAGGUGACUCAGGGAACUCAGGUGUGGUGUCCAAGAGUGAGACCGUCUCCACCCUCUCCAUGAGCUCCUUGGAGAGGCGGAAAUCCCGGUAUGCAGAGCUAGAUUUUGAGAAAAUCAUGCACACAAGAAAACGUCACCAAGACAUGUUCCAAGACCUGAACAGAAAACUCCAGCACGCAGAGAAGGAGAAGGAGUCUCCAACAACGGACAGCAAGGUUAUAAAACGAUGGAGUAUUUCUUCUGGUGGAAGUGAUAAAACUAACGUUAGCCAAGAAAAACAGCAGACACCAAACAAGAGACCCUGGGAAGGAAUCAGGAAAGUCCAGUCCCCACCAUCAUGGGUUAAAAAGGACAUCGAACCUGUGGCACAGUCUCCCCUAGAACUAAAAACUGUAGAAUGGGAGAAAACAGGGGCCACCAUCCCUUUGGUGGGACAAGACAUUAUUGACCUUCAGACAGAGGUCUGAGCGGAAAGGGAAAAAGGGACUUUUUUUUUUCCGGACAACAAACGAAACAAACAAAACAAAACUACGUUUUAAAGAAAUGAUUAAAUUAAAUCGGAACCGAGCGAGAGAAGUGUUUGGUUUCUUUUGAAACCUUUGGUAAGACGGAGUAACUUUUGUAUUGUUCUCAGCAGAGAGGGGGAAUAUUACUUUAUAGAGUAUAGUAGCUGUAGGUUCAGGGACAACAUGAGCUUUCCCAGGUAGGACUGGAGAAGAAGUGAACCUGGAAGAGAGCAAGGAGGAGGCAGAGGGUGGGGAGGGGCUGCAGGGGACAAACCCUGCCAAGAUGCUUUCGGGCUGUUGCCGCACGCCGGGAGCCUUCCUGCUGUGCCACGGGGAGGUGUGGAAGGACGCCCGGCAGCCACCGCGAAGGGCCAAGAAGAUCAGUGUUGUUUGCGGACCACAAGAAGGGAUUCCUGCGGGAGCCUCGCUGGGAUGCGGUCUGGCCGUAGAUCCCCGGGGGAGACCCAGCCUUGAGGGUCUGUGGCAUCCCUUGUCGAUCCUUGCCCCCCACCUCUCUCUCACCAGCUCAUCCAAGAAGGAAGGAGACGGGAUGCACCAAGCGGUGGCCAAGAAGACAUUCCUACUCCUAUGUGCCACACCGUGACCUGGUAUGGUGGCACCCCCGCAGCGGGUCCCCACGGGGCCCGGAGGGGGAAGCGGUGACAUCGUCCGUGGCUUAGGUGGAGAGGUAAGGUGGGGCUUCCUCCUCUCAUCCCUCCAGAGCGGAGCUUCUGCGCACCCUAAGGAGUGGGACAGGCGUGGAAGGAAAGGACCACCUCCAAAACCUGCUCGCCCCGUCUCCAGGGAGAGGGUCGAAAGUGUUAGAAAAACAGACCAACAAGAAGAAUGUAGGUCGUUUCAUGGACUGUUAGAUAAACUCAGCACGGGCCUUGCAAAGGUCCUCUUGGCCUCAUCCUCCUUUUUUUUUUUUUCCUGUUAUUUUUCCUUGCUUUUGGACUCAGAUUUAUUCCAAGGUGCCCCUCCCUGGAAGGCAGAGAGAGAAAGAGGGAAAGCCAGAUGCGCCAAUGUACCUGGAGAUAUUUGGUAUACAGAGAUGUUGCCUUAGGACAUUGAGACAAACUGACAACAUGAAUAACAUCCACUUGGAAACAAACAAACAAACAAACAAACAAACAAACAAAAUAAUCUAUUUUUUUCCUUCUUCUUUUCUUUUCUUCAAUAAAAAGAGAACUUGAAACCCGAGACCUUUCUUUUCUUUGGCUCUUGUCAUUUCAAAUGCCUUUCUGUGCUGUAGGACUGCGCAGGCAUGGGGUGAGGAUGCCACCUGCUGAAGGUGGAAGGCAAGUUGCUCCGUGGAAAGUUUGGGAUGGUGGGAACACACAGCCCCUUCGCCGCUGGCUUGCAAUGUUUUGCUUUGUUUUAUUCAGUUUGGGCUUUGGUUAUUUUCCCCUCGCUGGCUCUUCUCCUCCCUCCCCGCUGCCCAGAGUCAGCAAGCAGGUUUGUGGUCCUACAAGAAGGAAGAGGUGGAGCUGAUCAGGAGAGCAGGACAUUCCUCAUCAUAAAAUACUGUCUUUUUAUUUCACCAUGAAAAAAAUAAUAAUGUUUUUAAAUUUUUUUUCAUUAAACAUUUCUCAAUGCUAUUUACAAAAAAUAAGUUAUCUACAUUUCACCCCCACAAGUCUUGUGCAAUAUUUUUAUCGUUAAAAAAUAUACCACUGACAUUACAUGCAGACUUCUUUUUUUUUUAUUUUUUAUCAUUCCCAGCACUGUCUGUCUGAUGUUUGGAACAACUCUCCCAGCUUUGGAGACGUGCGACAACAAACUUCUGGUUGUGAGUGGCCAGAUUGUGCCAGACAGUAGUAAAGCUUGAUCAGGGUCUGAGUUAUUACUGUGUGUUUGGGUCGUUUGUUUUUUUUUUUUAAAAAAAAGACCAAACCAAAACCAAAACAUUUUUAGGAAAAAGCUAGCAAUGGAUACAAGACGCAAAUCAAUCACUGACCCCAGUUGUGCUUCCCCCACUGAGAGAUGUUGCUUGAUGUGCAAACAUCCCCGCUUCAACUUUCCUUUCGGCCACCUGGGUAACUGAUCUUUAAGGACAGUGGCAUUUACCUUGCCAUUAACUGUGUAAUAUGAACGAUGGAAAGAAAAAAAUUAUAAAAAAAUUUUCAAAUAGUUAAAAAGUAGGGAAACUGAUUACUUAUAAAAACUGUGAUAUUAUUGUUCAAUUUUAGAUUAUUCUAUGAAACAGGAAAGCACAAAGGCCUCCCUCAGAUGCCGGGUUGUAUGAUAUUGUAAUUAUUAUAAUUACACAUUAUGAAUUUUAGCAUACAGAUAUCUUUCUACUGUGUUUUAAUUCUUUUAUCUUUUUUUUUUCCCCCUUCCCCUGCCCGACCGAGCCUGCCCUUUUCUCUCCCACCUUCCCCAUUCACCCAUUCACUCCAGCCGACUUGCAAGACAUUAACGGUGUUAUGUAAUUACAGAGAUAAAUGUUUGUUUAAUAACUGUUGAUAUUCGACUUUCUCUGCUCAGCUCCUCCGGUUAAUUCUGUUUUCCCAUGCCCUGCCCUGCCCCGUGCCAUGCCUUCCCCUCCCUCCUCUCCGUGUUUGUCAUUUUUUUUUUUUCUGUACAGUUUUCAGAGCACAAAAUGAAUGUGUCUUAUUUCUAAUAAAAGAGGUGUAAACUCCA